CUCCCGCGACUCCGCCCGCGGCUGGAGGACGGUCUUUCGCCAAUCUGCCGAAUCUCCCCAAUUUUCCGAACGGCGCUCAGAUGUCAAGUGCGGCCACGGAUUUUCUGGACGCUGCUGACAAACGCGUGCCGACCCUGAGCCUGAAUGCAAGGCGCAAGAGUUUCCAUCUUCUGGCCGUUGCGAUGUUCCUGCCCGGUGUCGCCUUUGACCCUGCGUUCACACAUGUCGCGUUUAGUGCCGCCUUUGCGCUGUUCACGUUCGCGGAAUACGUCCGCUUCUUCGCAUUAUAUCCUUUUGGGGCGGCUGUGCAUUUGUUCAUGAACGAGUUCCUUGAUCACAAGGACAGCGGAACGGCGAUACUUAGUCAUUUCUACCUAUUGACCGGCUGCGCUGGGUCAGUCUGGCUGGAGGGUUCGACACGUUUCCUUGCCUUCACUGGCAUUCUUGUGCUGGGUGUCGGAGAUGCUGUAGCGUCUAUAGUGGGUAAGCGAAUAGGGAGGCACCGAUGGUCCAUCACCACACCGAAGACGCUAGAAGGUAGUGCUGGGUUCACUCUGUCAAUCGUCGCUUGUGCAUGGCUGCUGCAGCUGUGCGGUCUAACGGAGCGGUUCUCGAUCGUCCGGUACGCAGCGGUCGCGGCUCUGUCCUCCGUUCUAGAGGCUCUGUCGCAGCAGAAUGACAAUCUAACUCUGCCCCUCUAUAUGUGGAGCAUGCUGGUGAUAGCGGAUGAUAGUUGGCUGCCGUCUCCAUUCGAUGCAUCGACCUCUACCUCGGAGCAGUCUGACCCAUUCUCGGAUUAUGCUUCUUCCCAUGACACCGUAGAAGCAGAUUAUGACUGGGCUACAUUUAUCGAAGCCUAUGCCACGGGCAGAUGGGAUCCCCUCCGAACCCCCAAGCCUCCCAGGUCGCGGCUCGGCGGACACUUUUCUACACCAUCGGAGCCCGCUCAGUCGCCGAUGCAUUUCGAUCUGGACGUGCCCGCGCCUAACGAAGUGACGAAUCUCCCUUCACCCGAACCCCGUUCAGCAGGUUCAAGUAUCCAGGUAUCCCCGGAAACCCUCGGGGACACACCACCGGAAACGCAGCCCUCAGAAAGCAGCGACUCCGUAGCGACAAUGUCAACUACUCGGUCCAGCGCCUCUCAUGCCACUGGCUACACCUCCAAUAGCGCAGGCAAAUCAUCACUCUUGGAGCCCAAACCGCGGUUCCCUGUCCCGCUCACUAUCAACAUGCCCGCUAAUCGUUUGCGCAAUUCCUUCGCAGACUUUCGUAGCGCCCUAGCUCCUCCUAUCGGCCAUAGACCUCCAGCGUCCAGCCCUGAGAUUGCUACGCAUACGGCUACCAUGCGGCUGGCUGCCGCACGGAUAUCGUUGGCUCCACUUGCCUUGCCCUCCCCUGAGCACGAACUAACUGAUCCCCUGCGAGGUCAUCAUGCUAUCAUCCCAGGGUCACACCCUUCUGACCUUGAUAUACCCCUUGCAUCCCCCGGGGAAGGGCGCAAAACGCGGCUAGGCAGCUUUUGGCAAGGAACGCAGGACGUAGAAGAUUCAGAGAACUCUUCGAUAGCCCGGGACCCGACCCCUUCCCCGUCUCCGGAGCCCCAAACCACGCAGUCCGAAGGAAAUCAGGAAAUGCACGGCAUGCCGACAUUUACCCUUAACCGCCUCCCUCCUGCUACUGCGCCGGUCAAACCGCAUCUCGGUGAAGACCAUGCGAACGACUACUUCGGAAAUGUAGAAACCCCCAAUUAUAACAGGCAGCCGAAGACGAUGCGCACGAGUUCCCUGACGGGUCAAAGACCUUCAGGACCGUACGAGCGACGUCCGUCGGAGCCGGGAUUCCAACCGUCAGGUGUCGUCACCGUACCGGCCAUUCCGCGCCGCCUGUGCUUGACGCGGCAGACAUCAUCACCUCUGCCUAAUACUCGUGACGGUGCUAUCCGUAAUGCCAGGGUAGCAUCGGAUACAUUGCCAGGUAAGGCGAGCCGAGCGGCGCGCGAAGAGCAGAUGUAUGAGGAGCUAGGGUACCUGGCGCCUCCCAAUCCGCCUGAUGAGUUGGAGCGACGGCGGGCCUUGUACAAGUUCAACAUUUGGGAUACGAAAAGUGAUGCUAAUUUUGAUCGUAUCGUCCAUCUGGCAAAACUUGUUUUCAGCACGAAAAUUGUAGCGUUGUGCUUGGUUGACGGGAACAACCUAUGGGUGAAAUCAGAAUCUGGCAUAGGAAAACGUGAAUUCUAUCCGCGCCCCAUGAGCUUCGGUGCCCAUGUUCUUCUCCAGCGCGGGGACGAACCGACGGUUGUCCUUGAUACCACGCAAGAUUGGAGAUUCUCCCAAAACCCUUUGGUCACUGGACAACCCUACGCACGAUUCUAUGCGGGGGCACCUCUACGGACGCAAGACGGAUAUAAUGUCGGAACAUUAAGUCUUGUGGAUGACGUCCCCCAUAGAGACUUCAGCCCACGGCAAAGGCAUACAUUAAAGGAGUUCGCCGCUAUUGCAAUGCGAGAGAUGGAGCUGUGGAGAGACAAAAUUCAACUAAGGAUUCGGGAUCGUAUCCAGAAUUCGAUGGAGCAAUUCACUCGAGAAUGCCUGGAAAUUGAUACAGAAGGCAGCAAAGAGUCUCCGAAUAGUCUAUUUGGUUCACAGUCCAUGGAGAAGAUCUAUGACCGCGCAGCUAAAUUGGUCAAGCGCACAUUGGAUGUGGAGUAUGCGACGGUGAUGGACGUGUCGCACUGCGAGGUAUUGGAGACAAUGAGUGCAGAAGCUUCUAUAUCCGUGGUCACGUACAGUGCGGACUCCCAUUCGGGCGCCGUCCAUCACCAGCUGUCAGCCCCGGAAUACGCGCAAUUGUCGGAAUUCUUCAGCAAGUAUCCAGAUGGUAAAAUCUCCGAUGGCGUAGUGCCACCUCCACUGCGUACCUUCCUAGCCACGCGCAUACAAUAUGCUCUCACUGUUCCCAUCUUCAACAUUGAUAAAAGGCCUUUCGCCUUACUAUGCGCUUACACGACUUCCGAACCCAGAAGGCGCUAUUUGGAGGGUCAUGAACUUUCGUACCUGAGGGCAAUCGGUGUUAUUAUCCUAUCCGCUGUGCUAAAGCGAAGGAUGAUUUUAGCGGAUAAAGCUAAAAGCUUAUUCAUCUCGAACAUCUCUCACGAGUUACGGACGCCAUUACAUGGUAUCUUGGCAGCGGCUGAGUUGCUGGCUGAUUCCCCUCUCAACCAUAGCCAAGUGUCGUUCUUGCAGACUGUCCGGGCGUGCGGCACUUCUCUCGUCGAAACCGUGAACCAUGUUCUGGACUUCACCAAGCUAAGUGGGAAUUCGAAAGCUGGUGGCGUCGAGAACGUCAUACCACCGACCAAGGUAAAUGUCAUGACAUUAGUGGAAGAGGCUGUCGAGGGAUGCUGGAUAGGUUACAAGGCCAGAAUGGCGUCGUUGGCCGAGUCCGAGAUUGGCAGCGUCUAUUCACCUCCGAAGCUCGAUGAUGGGCAGAUCACUCCUGGAAACGUUCCACCUGUGAAUCCACAUGUUGAGACGGUUGUAGACAUCGGCAAGCGCCCAUCUGGUUGGAUCCUUAAAUGCGAGAAGGGGGGCCUUCGUCGCGUGCUGAUGAAUAUCUUCGGGAACAGUCUCAAGUUUACGACUGAUGGUUUUGUCCAUGUGGUCCUCCGUCAAGUCUCACAAGUGUCGGAAAAGGAAGUGAAGAUUGAGCUCUCCGUCUCUGACACAGGAAAGGGGAUCAGUCAGAAUUUCUUGAAGAAUCAACUAUUUCACCCAUUCUCUCAAGAAAAUCCUCUUCAGACUGGCACUGGGUUGGGCCUAGCAAUAGUUAACAGCAUAGUUCGAUCACCGAGCUUCAAUGGCAACAUCGACGUAUGGAGCGCGGAAGGAGUCGGAACAGAAAUUAAGAUCACUUUCACGACUGAAGUUGCGGAGGACGAUGGGUCGGACCCUCUUCAAGAUCCGGACUUCCCUAUCUCUGGCGACAAGGAAGCUCAACGCAAGAUCUCCUUGGUAGGGUUUGGCAGCUCCCAUAGAGGCACACAACUCUUGCGCAGUGUUUUGUCAACGUACCUCGUUACGUGGUGGGGAUUCGAAGUCCAGGAUGACGACAUAGAGCAUUCCGACCUCGUUAUUACGAAUGAAGACCUCGCUCCCAUUAUCUCAGCCACCAGGCGGAGGGAUAUCAGUCGGGCAUUCAUUAUCCUUUCGUCCCACCGAGGUGAUCCCCAGCUCAUGGCAAUAGUCAGCCAUUAUGAGCAGGUGGGCGGCUUCUGUCGUCUAAUCUACAAGCCAGGCGGCCCUUCACGGCUUCGUCUCGCUCUCAAGCUGUGCAUCCGCGCUCUCAAGAUUGUCCGGCAACCCAGGGACGGUGAUGACCAGGACCUCAGGUCAAGUUUUGAUCAAGCGAACCAAGAUGCCCUACUUGGUCCAACAUCCCCGUAUAGCACGCUGCCGCGACGAAAUUCGGAAGAAGCUCGCAGGCGGUCUAACACUUUGCCCAGGCCUCCACUUGGCAAUCGAGCUGCCACCGUUCAUCCUCUCGCGACAGUACGGAUGUCAGGCACCCCCAUGGCUGAGGAACUUGAAAUGGCGGAACCCAGUGUUCGCAGUCCACUUUCGGCGCAUUCAGCGCAUGGAAGCCACGACGAAGGGCAAGAGACAUCGAUUCCUACUAUCCCCAUAGGCGGCUGCGGCACCCUAUUGAAAUCUUCUGUUGGGACAGUAGCUGCUGCUGAUAAACUGCGAGUCCUUGUGGUUGAAGACAAUAGUAUUCUUCGAAACCUCCUACUGAAGUGGUUAAAGACUAAGGGCUACGAAUUCAAGGAUGCUGUCGAUGGUCGAGACGGCGUUCGAGUCUUCGAGUCUGAAGGUCAUUUUGAUGUGGUUCUUUUAGAUUUAUCAAUGCCAGUGCUGGAUGGCAUUGGUGCAACAGCUGAAAUGCGAAAAAUCGAAGCUGGACGCAGAAGUGCAUUACCUAACCCGCAGGAUUUCCGCCCAGCGCGGAUCCUAGCUUUAACGGGUAUGUCGUCUCUGGAAGACAAGCGCAGGGCUUUCGAGGCUGGUGUUGAUGGAUACCUUGUUAAGCCCGUUGCAUUCAAGACGCUCGACCAUAUGUUCCGAGAACUUGGCAUUUCAUAAACCCAUAGGCUACGACGACAAUCCGGACAGUCGAACCUGCCGCUCCAUCUACUUUAUUAUCGCAGUCUUGAGCCUGUACAUAAUGUAUGCGCAUUCACUAUCAUAUCCGGCACCUCUGUAUCGUACUAUUACAUUUUGCAUAUUUUGCUCGGAACAUCUGUAUCCCUUAGUUCUUCCUAUAUCUUCCCUGCAGUAGAUGUACGGUCGCCUAAAGAGGGACCUUGUGUACCUGCUUUUCCUCACGGGGUUUGCGAGGCCAUA